GCAGCACUCGGGGCGGAGCUGGCCGAGCGCGUUGCUUUCCUCCUCCGCGGGAGCGAUUCCGGGUCGCGGAGGCGGGAUCCGCGGUGGCACCGGCGAUAUGCGGUUCCGGUUCUGCGGGGACCUGGACUGCCCGGACUGGGUCCUGGCCGAGAUCAGCACCCUGGCCAAAAUCUCCUCGGUGAAGCUGAAGCUGAUCUGUGCCCAAGUGCUGCGGGACCUGCUGGGCGGGAGCAUGGAGUAUGAGAAGAUCCUGAAGCUGACCUCAGAUGCCAAGUUAGAGUCGGGGGACGUGAAGGCCACCAUUGCUGUCCUUGGCUUCAUCCUCUCCAGUGCUGCCAAGCACGGUGUGGACAGUGAGUCCCUCUCCAGUGAGCUGCAGCAGCUGGGACUGCCCAAAGAACACGCCAGCGGGCUGUGCCGGUCCUACGAGGAGAAGCAGAGCUCCCUCCAGGACAGCCUGAGGGCUGCCAGCCUGAGAUUGAGCCGGCUGGGCUCGGUGUGCUGGCGCGUGGAUUACACCCUCAGCUCCAGCGAGCUGCAGGAGGUCCAUGUCCCGCCUCCCUGUAUCUUCCUGUGUGGGUCUUAA